AUGUCCCUGCGCGGUGUGAAAUGUUGGACAGAGUUCUCACCUCCUUGUCCGGGACCUGGCUUGCCUCGUGCUUGUUCCCUUCACCCGCGGCCUAUAGGACGCUCCCUGCCUUGUGCUGGUUGGCAGCCAAAGCAUCAGGAGUUACGGUGUCUUGAUCUUUGGAGUCGAUGCCGCUCAGCAAGCCCCUGCCUGAGCCCUCCCUGCUUUGUCUACCACAGAGCCUCCAGAGCACAGGUGACACACCACCCCAGCCCUGACGGAGAGGUCACCCUGAGAUCUUGGGCCCUGGGCUUGUACCCAGAGGUCACCCUGACCUGGCAGCAUGAUGAGGAGGACCAGACCCAGGCCAUGGAGCUUGUAGAGACCAGGCCUUCAGAGGACAGAACGUUCCAGAAGUGGGCAGCCCUCGUGUUGCCUUCUGGAGACGAGCAGAGACACACGUGCCACGUGCAGCACCAGGGGCUGCCUGAACCCCUCUUCCUGAGGUCCGGUCCGUCUUCCCAGCCCGACAUCCCCCUCAAGGGAGCAUUUGCUGGCCAGGUUCUCCUUGCAGCUGCUGUCGGUGGGGUUGUGUUUGCAGGAGUUUAGGUUGCUGGAACUUUGCCUGCAAGAUCUGUGUUCUAGAACAACAAGAACUCAGGUUAGGAAGGGAUUCUGGGUUUCAUUGUUCUGACCCAAGCGUCUCUCACCUCAGGGGUGAACUGCAACUCCUGUCCUCGUGACUUCUGGAGCCAACGUGCAGACAUCCUGUUGUGCAGCAAAGCCUGGAGGGACCCUGGCUGGUGGAAGGCCCGCUGAGAAAGUGCAGGUGAGCUGGGAGGCUGGGGACCUGCUGGGUCCCCUGAGCCCCAGUUCCAGGUCAGGCCAGUGUACGUGGCUGCCUUUGGACUCCAGGACCUUGAUCUAAGUUCAGCUCCCCUUCUCCUCUGUGAGGGUUCCAGGAGCAGGGCCACAUGAGGCCCAGAAAGUACCAGAUUGCCUGGGGAAUGGGUCUCUUUCUAGUGGGACAAAAAUUCUCAGGUCCGUCUCCUGCAGGAUCCUAAAUUUUUUUACAGAGAUGAAGUAGUAUUAAGCCCAGUCCUACAAUGAACUGGCAAAUCUGAAGGGAGAGUGUAACCUGCAUGUGUGUCUGUCAGUGUGUGUUCACAUGGGUAUAGAAAUGUGUGUGGAUGUUUGUGUAUAUGUGUGUGGGUGAGUGUACACAAUCAUGUGUGGGCCUCUGUGUGUGUAUGUGUGUUUUUGUGGUGUGCGGCUGUGCAUUGCUCUGAUGCGUCCUCAUCCUGGCCCCCACCCUGGCCUUCUCCAGGUGCCCCUCUCACCUCAGGGGACAUAAGAGACAGAACAGCUCUCCAUGUGCACAUGAGUAAGAAGUGGCUGAGGUGAGGAGUGUUGGGGAGAAGUGGUCCUCAUCCUCUCGGAAGAAAGAAACAGGAGCUCCAUGCGUGGACUCUCUUCCUUCCCAGGAUUUUGCCUUAAUAAAUGUGUCAGAUACCAUUUUAAGGGACUUACAUGAAUCAAAUCCUUUAAAUCUCAUAAGAGUCCUGUGAGAUAGGGACAGCUAUCAACCCCACUUUACAGACAAGGAA